UCCUCUCACUACCGCUCCCCCCUCUCCCCCCGUGCCCCACAAACCGGCUUAUUUGGUUACGGAAAACGACAUUCAAUCAUCAACAGAAGGAUUGUUUGAGAAAAAUAAAGCGAGUACGAGGCUUCGCAGCGCCUCCACAUAUUUUAAGACAUGUUUUGGCCGAAAUUAUUUCUGUUUAUUUGUUCCCUUGUUCUUGCCAAGUGUGCUACCGGCAAGGAGAAUGUCAGAGAUGGAGCGCUCAAUCUUAUUCCUGGAGAAACACUUCGUUGUUGUGAUUCAUUACGAGCCAGAGAGCUGCAGACGUACUGCUACAGUGGCAGACCGAAACACAUCUUACACAUUUGGCAGACUGUUUUGCUGAAGAUUCAAACGACCUCUGACAAUUUUGAAAUCUAUGAUGGAGGAUCUCCAGAGGCAGUUCAGGCGGCCUACGAACAACAUCAGUCAUCGUGGAGUUUCAACUUGAUUUGGGGUGCUCGGAAAGGAAGAGAGGUGAAGCUCUCUCCCUUCAAUCGUAGCUGUAUUGGCAUUAGUAGUUCAAAAGACUAUUCCGUGUACUUACAUGUGAUUCGUGUAGAUUAUUGGCGAGUCUUACUCUUAGUAUGUGGACUUAUCUUGUUUUUAUCAGCUCCUCGCCUGUGCGAAAACACUCUGUUUUAUUAUAUAAAUGGUGUUUCUAUCGGAAUGUUAGCAUCAUUCCUUAUUCUUAUAUACAUGAUCAGUCGUCUACUUCCUAGAAAACCUAUGAUGUAUGGAUUUGUGUUUGGAGGGUGGGCUGUGGUGGUGUACCUCUUCCAAAUGUUAUGGGACAACCUGCGGAUUGUACUUGUAGAUUACAGACUCUACGUCCUGUCAUACGUUGCCAUUACAGGAUUCCUGAGUUUCAUCGUAUGCUACAGAUUUGGUCCUGUUACUGAUAAACGUAGUAUAAACCUUAUCAAGUGGUCACUUCAGGGCAUCUCUAUGAUCAUAAUCCUAUGCAGCAGCCAAUUCCAGGAAGCAACUGUUGCCAUUGUCCUUAUUCUUGUUGCACUUUACAACUUUCCCAAAGUGUUGGUAUCCAAGGCAGUAUCUCAAUGGAAACGACGUUUUCCCCCUAAAGUUGAGCUGUUGUCAGAUGACCAAUACCAUGAGCAGGGAGUUCGUGAGACUCAAAAAGCUCUUGAUGAGCUGCGGGGUUACUGUUCAAGCCCUGACUGCAACCAGUGGAAAACAGUUCUCCGCUUAAAAGAUCCUGUGAGGUUUGCAAGCUUUGUCGAAGGAAAGUCUCAUUUGGUUGACCGUGAAGUCCUGGACUAUGAAACUGCAACACCUAGAGAACUUGAUUAUUCAGAAGAUUCUGAAUUGGACUUAACUGAUUAAUUUAUUUUAUAGUAAAUCUAGAUAUAAUACCAUAAAACAGGUUUUGUUUUACAUGUUUUGUUUUUUCUUUUGGGAGGUUGUUUUAGUGCCUUUUGUACACAGCUGUUCUCUGUCUGUACACUGUGUCUAUUUAUUGUAACUGAACAUCUGUUUAUAUCAUUUGAUGUGACUGAAACUGUGAAAUAUUCAUAAUUUAUUUUCUGUAAAGUGUCUGUUUCUAUGAGAAACUUAGUUCUCAUUUGUAGGUUUGUUUUAUUUUUAGUGUAAUAUUUUAAGUGUGUUAAACCUCCUUUGUCAUCUAGAAGUUAACUUAUUCUUAAAUUGCUCAGCCACUUUAAUUUGUACAACCUUUUAAUGUCAAUCCACAUAAUCAAUGGAUUUUGUAACACUGUUUAAGAAUGAAUUCUUGUUUAUUUUUGCUCAUCUCACUUCAUCCUCGAUUGUGUUUGCAGCAUCCUUUCACUUUGGCCUGAAGUAUUUUAUAUUGUACUCCCUUCUCAACAUCUGAUCUCUGUUGCUAGUCAAUAAUUAAGAGGCCUCACUUUGCAGAUUCAAUUAAUGAAUUUCAAUCCUGAAGUAAUGUUUUUUUUUGUUUCAUGUUUAUAGCCCCUUUGGUCCAAUUAUUUCAUUCUUGACGAGUAUUUUGUCUUCCUCUUAUAUGAAUAAUAAGUUUGUAAUGUGAUUUAUUUGUAAUAAAUCUCUCUAUUUGACAUGUA